ACAAGCAGAUCUUGCAGAACCAUAACCAGUCAUGUCUGGAGUUAAAGGAGGACAUUGUCACCAGAAGACCCAGUGCCAGGAUCCCUGCAAGGACCCCUGCCAGAAGCAGAGCGUGUGCCAAGAUCCUUGCCAGAAGCAGAGCGCCUGCCAUGACCCAUGCAAACCUGUGCAGCAUUGCCAGAACCAGAGCACUUGUGUGCAGAAAAAAGACCCUUGCCACCCUGAUCCUUGCCAGAGCCAAGCGAAGCAUUGCUAAUACCUGGAAGAAGUCAAAACUGGAUGACUCAAUGUAUUUAGAAUACAUUUCCUGCAUAUAAAAACAAGUUAUUCAACCUUUGUCUUGUAAAAAAAUAAAUGCAGCUGAACAUA